UACGUUACAACAGUUCAGGUGUCAAAUUUAGGAAAUGUAUCAUUGGCACAGUGUUACAUACUCUUUGGCACAAUGUUACAUAUUCUGUCCUCUAUCUUCUGUUACUUUGUUCUAAUAAUGUUCUUUAUAGCUUUUUUUUUUUUUUUUCUGGUCCAGUAUCCCAUCCAGGAUUGUAGUUUGUAUGUAGUUGUCUUGUCCCCUCUAGUCUCUUGUCUGGGGCAGUUCCUAAGCCUCUGUCUUCGAUGACCUUGACAUUUUUUAUAGCAGAAGCUUUUUGUUUUGUGCAUCGUUGCUCGCUUUGGAUGUGUCUGAUGUUUCCUUGAGAUUAGGUUCAGAUGAUGCAUUUUUGGCAAGAAUACCACAUAAAUGAGAUGUGUCCUCUGUGCAUCACGGCAGAGGGCACGUGAUGUCUGGUCCAUUACUGCUGAUGUGAACUUUGAACAUGUGAUUGAGAUGAUAUCUGCCAGGUUUCUCCAAGAUAAAGAAAAACUGAUUGCUUAUCAACGAGAAUUUCUUGCUUUAAAAGAACGUCUCCGAAUAGCUGAACACAGAAUCUCUCAGCGGUCUUCCGAACUCAAUGCCAUUGUACAGCAGUUCAAGCGUGCAGGAGCAGAAACAAACAGAAGUAAGGAUACGGUGAAUAAAUUUUCAGAUGGUACCCUAAAGCUCUUGAGGGAGUUAACAAGCAGAAAAUCUCUUCAAGUGCCAAGUAUUUAUUAUCAUUUGCCUCAUUUAUUACAAAAUGAAGGAAGCCUUCAACCUGUUGUGCAGAUUGGUAACGGAAGAACAGGAGUUUCAAUAGUAAUGGGAGUUCCCACAGUGAAGAGAGAAGUUAAAUCUUACCUCAUAGAAACUCUUCAUUCCCUUAUUGAUAAUCUGUAUCCUGAAGAGAAGUUGGACUGUGUUAUAGUAGUCUUCGUAGGAGAGACAGAUAUUGAUUAUGUAAAUGGUGUUGUAGCCAACCUGGAGAAAGAAUUUUCUAAAGAAAUCAGUUCUGGCUUGGUGGAAAUAAUAUCCCCUCCUGAAAGCUAUUAUCCUGACUUGACAAACUUAAAGGAGACAUUUGGAGAUUCUAAAGAAAGAAUAAGAUGGAGAACAAAGCAAAACCUCGAUUAUUGUUUUCUAAUGAUGUAUGCUCAGGAAAAGGGCACAUAUUACAUCCAGCUUGAAGAUGAUAUUAUUGUCAAACAGAAUUACUUUAACACAAUAAAAAAUUUUGCACUUCAACUUUCUUCUGAGGAAUGGAUGAUACUUGAGUUCUCCCAGCUGGGCUUCAUUGGUAAAAUGUUUCAAGCGCCAGACCUCACUCUAAUUGUGGAAUUCAUAUUUAUGUUCUAUAAGGAGAAACCCAUUGAUUGGCUCCUGGACCAUAUUCUGUGGGUGAAAGUCUGCAACCCUGAAAAAGAUGCAAAACAUUGUGAUCGACAGAAAGCAAAUCUGCGGAUUCGCUUCAGACCUUCCCUUUUCCAACACGUUGGUCUGCAUUCUUCGCUAACAGGAAAAAUUCAGAAACUCACGGAUAAAGAUUACAUGAAACCAUUACUUCUUAAAAUCCAUGUAAACCCCCCUGCAGAAGUAUCUACUUCUCUGAAGGUCUACCAAGGACAUACACUGGAGAAAACAUAUAUGGGGGAGGAUUUCUUCUGGGCUAUAACUCCAGUAGCUGGAGACUACAUCCUGUUUAAAUUUGACAAGCCAGUCAAUGUGGAAAGUUAUUUGUUCCAUAGUGGCAACCAGGAACACCCGGGGGAUAUUCUGCUCAACACAACUGUAGAAGUUUUGCCUUUGAAGAGUGAAGGUUUGGAAAUCAGCAAAGAAACCAAAGACAAACGAUUAGAAGAUGGUUAUUUCAGAAUAGGGAAAUUUGAGAAUGGUGUUGCAGAAGGAAUGGUGGAUCCCAACCUAAACCCCAUCUCAGCAUUCCGACUUUCAGUUAUUCAGAAUUCUGCUGUUUGGGCCAUUCUUAAUGAGAUUCAUAUUAAAAAAGUCACAAACUGACUUAUCUCCUAAGAAACCAACACAUUUUUUCCCUGUGAAUUUGUUGAUUAAAGAUGGCUGAGCAUGUACUGUUUUUUGGUAACUUGAAUUCUACCUCUUGUGAAAUCUACUGUAGAUAAGAUGAUUGUCAUUUCCACUUGGAAAAUGAAUCUUCCAUGGAUAAUUGUAUUCAUUCGAACCUAAGCUGUCCUCCAGUUUUAACUUGACUCAGACAUUUUACAGUUAUGACAGCCUGUUAAUAUGACUUGUACUAUUUUGGUAUUAUACUAAUACAUAAGAGUUGUACAUAUUGUUACAUUCCUUAAAAUUUGAGAAAAAUUAAUGUUAAAUACAUUUUAUGAAGGGGGUACUUUUGAAGUUCAUUUAUUUUACUAUUAUAGACCCUCUUUUAUAGAUUAUCAGGGAUAUUAUAUAUAUAUAUAUAUAUAUAUACACACACAAAUAUACAUAAAAUGCUACGGAGUUAAUUUAUUAGAAACACUUAAGAAGUACAUAUUUUUGUGCAGUAAAUUUUUGAAUCAAUACUUUUUUUGAAAACCAGUUUCCUUGCUUUUUUAAGUUCUUUCUAUAUUUUUCUUUGGAAAUGCAAACAUUACAAGUUAAUGCCAUUUUUCAAAUGCACUGCCAUUUAAGAAUGAUUCUAGAUUGAUUUCCUAACUGAAGUACUUUUAUAAUCACAGUGAUUCUGAACAAAAUAUUUUCAAAGGCAUUUGUCAUUCCUUCAAGCCAAGAUUUUAAAGACCAAUGUCCUUCUUGAGGGUUAUUUUACUAUACUAUGUAUGGUGUGUAGCCACAAAAAAUCAGUCUGAUAAAUUUUAAUGUGCAGGGGUGAUGCAUUUCAACCCAAAUUAUCAUAGACUGAAGUCAUUACAUUUCCUUUGAUAUGUAAAAUGACAAACUCUUCUCUUUUAAUCUUUGUCUUUAAUCCAUGAAUUAGAGGCAUUUUCUCUUUCCUUGAUGCUU